ACUGACAAUUUGAUAGAAUAUGAACCGAUGCAAUAAACAGAGGGCCGCUGAUGUAAAUUAAUGAUCAGAUUCUUCCAUCUGUAUGUAUGUUCACCGCUACCAUCAAAAAGUCGAUCAUCUGUUCAAUUUCUCCGUUGCUAACACCAACAAUGGCGAAAACCAUAUCUUACAUCACUGGAUCUGAACUCCUAUCUCUCAAAGAACGUGCUAAUAUAGCCAUCGUUGACGUCAGGGACGAUGAGAGGAGUUACGACGGGCAUAUGGCUGGUUCACUCCACUUCGCCAGCGAUACAUUUCAGGACAGGAUCCCUAAUCUCGUUCAAGCCGCUAAGGGGAAAGAUACCCUAGUCUUUCACUGUGCCCUCAGUCAGGUUCGUGGGCCAAAAUGUGCACGCAGAUUUGCAGACUAUCUUGCGGAAGCAAAGGAGAGUGCAGGAAUUAAGAAUAUAAUGGUGCUGGAACGUGGUUAUAAUGGUUGGGAAGCAUCCGGUAAACCUGUUUGUCGCUGCAGUGGGACUACCUGCAAAGGUGGAUGCUGAAUCCAGAGGCUUUCUUGUAAAGUUGGAAGGAUUAUAUAUCAUCUGCUGGUCUGCAACCAGUCUGUAUGAGGUUAGUUGCUCGAUUGAACUAGAUGCUUAUUCCUUCUGUAUAAUCCUACACUUUGAAUAAUUCUUAUAAUCCAUUUCAUUGGAAACAAAUAAUGAUAUGCAUUGCAAGUUAUCAUAUUCUGACUUUCAACCAA